GCGGCGUCGGCUGCGGAGCCGCCAUGGCGCUGCUGGAGCCGCUGAGCGCGGCGCAGCUGAGGCGCCUGGAGCAGCACCGCUACAACGCGUCCGGACGCUCGUUGCUGGAGCCGCCGCUGCAGCGCUACUGGGCCUGGUUGGUGGAGCGCACGCCGCCCUGGCUGGCCCCCAACGCCAUCACCCUCGGCGGCCUCGUCCUCAACCUCCUGCCCUCGCUCGUGCUCAUCGCCUACUGCCCCAGCGCCACCGAGCAGGCUCCUCCUUGGGUGUUCCUCUCGUGUGCAUUAGGACUCUUUAUUUACCAAUCACUGGAUGCCAUUGAUGGGAAGCAAGCCAGAAGAACAAAUAGCAGUUCGCCUUUGGGAGAACUCUUUGACCAUGGCUGUGACUCUAUUUCUACAGUUUUCGUUGGUAUUGGAGCCUGCUUAGCAGUUCGGCUAGGAACAAAUCCAGACUGGCUGUUUUUUUGUUCCUUUGUUGGGAUGUUCCUGUUUUAUUGUGCGCACUGGCAAACCUAUGUAUCAGGCAUGCUGAAGUUUGGAAAAGUUGAUGUAACGGAAGUACAGAUAGCCAUAAUGAUGCUCUUUUUGUUAUCUGCAUUUGGUGGAACAACAAUGUGGGACACAAAGAUUCCUGUGCUUGAUCUGAGACUGAAGAUGAUUCCUGUUGCUGGUAUAAUUGGUGGAGCAGUAUUUUCCAGUUACAAUUAUUUCAGAGUAAUCUUAGGAGGAGGAGUGGGGAAGAAUGGAUCUACAAUAGCAGGAACAAGUGUUCUCUCACCAGGUCUUCAUAUAGGAUUAAUUAUUACUUUGGCAAUAAUGAUCUAUAAAAAGUCCACAACACACCUGUUUGAAAACCAUCCUUGCCUCUAUGCAUUAACAUUUGGAUUUGUGAGUGCCAAGAUCACACAAAAAUUGGUGAUAGCACACAUGACAAAAAGUGAAAUCUUCCUACAAGAUACUGCAUUUAUUGGGCCAGGCCUCUUAUUUCUAGACCAGUACUUCAACAGUUUUAUUGAUGAAUACAUCGUUUUGUGGAUAGCACUGUUCAUAUCCUUGAUUGAUUUGCUGAGAUAUUCUACUGGGUUAUGCAUACAGAUUGCUGCUCAUCUUCACAUACAGGUCUUCAAAAUAUCACCUCCUCAAGCUCCCGAACAGGUACAAGUUGUUUCUCCAAUGAGCCAUCAGAAUAACAUGGACUGAAGAGAUUUGCGAACAGUUGCCAUCUCUUGCUGUUGCUGUUAUAAGAAAAGAAAAAAAAUACUGAUCAAAUGUAACAUUUUGUAUCAUAGUGUUCUGACUUGCGAAUUAUAAAUGGUGAAUGUUUAAUUUUUCUAUCUAAAUGUUCUAUUUUAAAAUGUCAUUGAAGUUUUCAUAAAUCAGUAUUAACACUUACAGUA